GGGUGGGAGAGGGCCGAGGGGGCCCCGCGCGGCUCGGGGGUGCGGCGGUUCCGGUGAUGGGGAGGAACCCUGCGGGCCCCGGCGGAACCCCUGGCGUCUGCGGCACCUGAAGCUGAAGGGACGCCGGGCGGGGGCUUCUCCCUCCAACUGGGCCCCGUUGGCGUGGGAGGCAGGCUCCAGGGCUGGCGAGCUCUGCGGCGUUUCGCCCCGAGCUAACGCGCCCCCGUGUGGCCGCCGGUGGGAGUGCGCGUGCGCGACGCGAGCGCUGGGCCCGCGGGGCAGAGCGGGACUGGGACUGGGACGCAGGAAUGAGCGUGCGCGGCGUGUGCGCGUGCCUGGCGUGUGCGCUGGGCCUGCGAGGAAAGGGCCUUGGUUGGUAGUACGUGGAAUCGCCGGACCAAAUAGCCCCCGGAGACCCUCAUUUCUCCUCUGUGAAAUGCGGUGUUAGGGACACUCGCCACCCUGUGCUGUUCUGAGCGCCUGCGCGUUGCUAGCUGCUGUAUGUUUGUUGUGCGUGUGACCUGCGGCUGGAGCUGGGACUGGUCUGCGGGGCCUCGUUUCCCCGUUAACUCUGGAGAAACGGGAGGGAAAGGGCUGGGCUGGCUCCAGCAUUCUCCAGACCCCCAAGUUAGUAUUCAUUAUGUGCUCAUUUGCUGUGGGUUAUGUGUAAUCACGGCACAGCCUCUGGAAGCCAUGGGAGGCUGUGUGAUGGGAAGAGGAGAGAGGUGAGAUGGAGCCGAGGCCGGCGCACAGGCUGUGCAGCACAUGCCACCCCUUUGGCGAGUUCGUGACCUUGUCUUGGGGAUGGAAGGCUCACCAGCGACAGCUGAGGAAAUUGUCAUAAUUCCUCCCCAAAUACCCGCUACGCCUCUGGUCCUCGGUCCUCGGUCCACUCUUCCGGAGACCCUAAAUUGGUAAUAAAUCAGUAAGAAACAAAUAUUACAUUCACUCAGUGACAAGUGUCAUGUCUAAGCUCAACGCGUUUGGGAGCCACACAUGGACAGGUAAGUAUCCUGCGUGUGGAGCUGUGCAGGCAGGUCAACCCGGGAACCGCACGGCAGGCCAUGCUCUCCUGACUUCCUUCUUCCUUCUCCCUUAGCACUGCCUCCUCCUCUAAGAACAGAAAAUGAACAAACCCCAGGAACAAGUGUCAUUCAAAGAUGUGUGCGUGGACUUCACCCGGGAAGAGUGGCAUCUGCUGAGUCCUGCUCAGAAGAUACUAUACAGAGACAUGAUGCUGGAAAAUUACAGCCACCUUGUCUCAAUAGGGUAUUGCAUUACUAAGCCAGAAGUGAUCGUCAAGAUAGAGCAAGGAGAAGAGCCCUGGAUAUUAAAGCAAGGAUUCUCAAGCCAGUGCCACCCAGAAGACUGGAAAGAUGAUGCCCUAAAAGAGAGCAGCCAAGAAAAUGAAGAUGGGCAUUUUUGGCAAUUUGCUGUCACCACCAACAAAACAUUAAAUAUACAUGGUGGUGAUAGAGUAAGGAAAACUUUCAAUCUGGGUAAAGACUGUGUUCCUUCAAGAAAUUUUUCAUAUAAGAUAUGUGCCUCUUGUGAAAUGAGUUUGAAGAAUAUUUCAGACUUAAUUAUUAGUAGAAAGAACUAUUCUGGAACAAAACCUGAUACGUUUAAUUUAUAUGAGAAAUUGCUCCUUGAUAUUAGGCAUGAGAAAACUCUUGCUGGAGGGAAAUCUUAUAACUAUGAUCAAAAAAGGAAUAUCCUUAGUCAUGGCCAGGAUCUCACUCAGCUAAUUUUCGACCAGCCUUCUGAGUAUAAUGAAAAUGGACAAGGCUUCCAAGAAGAGGCAGCCUUUUUCUCAAAUAAGAGAUCUCAGAUAGGAGAGACACUCUGUGAAUAUAAUGAAUGUCAAAGAACUUCCAUCCAAAACUUAAAGCUCAGUUUAUCUCAGAGAACUCAUUUAGAAAGGGACCCAUAUGAAUGCAGUAUUUGUGGGAAUUCCUUCUAUGUGGAUUUAAGAUUGGGACAUCAGAGAGUUCUUACAGGGGAGAAUCCUUAUGAAUAUAAUGAAUAUGAUCAAAUUUUCUGUGACAAUUCAACUUUCAUUAUUCAUCCGAGAACUUACACAGGAAAAAUUCCCCAUGAAUAUAAAGUAAGUCACAAAACGGGGGGGAAAUCAGCCCUCUUUAAACAUCAGAUAGUACAUAUGGGAGAAAUACCUUAUGAGCACAAGGAGAAUGGAAAUAAUUUCAACAAGAAGUCACAUCUCACCCAACCUCGAAGAGCUCACUCAGGAGAAAAAAAUUUUGAAUGUGCUGAAUGUGGAAAAACAUUCUGGGAGAAGUCAAACCUCACUCAACAUCAGAGAACACACACAGGAGAGAAACCCUACGAAUGUGCUGAAUGUGGGAAAGCCUUUUGUCAGAAACCACACCUUACCAACCACCAACGAACACAUACAGGAGAAAAACCUUAUGAAUGUAACCAGUGUGGAAAAACAUUCUGUGUGAAGUCAAACCUCACUGAACAUCACAGAACACACACAGGAGAGAAACCCUAUGAAUGUAACACAUGUGGGAAAUCCUUCUGCCACAGGUCAGCGCUAACUGUACAUCAGAGAACACAUACAGGAGAGAAACCCUUCAUAUGUAAUGAAUGUGGGAAAUCCUUUUGUGUGAAGUCAAACCUCAUUGUACAUCAAAGAACUCACACAGGAGAGAAACCGUAUCAAUGUAAUGAGUGUGGGAAAACCUUCUGUGAGAAAUCAGCUCUUACUAAGCAUCUCAGAACUCACACAGGGGAGAAACCCUAUGAGUGUAAUGGAUGUGGGAAAACCUUUAGUCAGAGAUCAGUACUCACUAAACAUCAGAGAAUUCACACAAGGGUGAAAGCUCUUUCCACAUCCUGAAUGUUCAGAAAUCUGUCCACCCUUUCAAAUUCAUUAUUCAGUUUUUAAAAAAUAAGAUCAAUGAAACCCAAAGAACAUCACAAGUUACUCAAAAGUUAUGUCUUACUGCACUUCGGAUAAUUAAUAUAAGAAUAAAACCUUAUUAAUGUUUUAAAUAUGUGGAAGCUUUUAAGAAAAAAUAAACUUUUGUCAGAAAAUUUGUACUUAGGAAAAAUUUGUUCAUUUAAGUUAUAUGGUAAAAAUCUUUGUAGAGAAUUUAUGUUGUAUCGUAUUCCAAAUGUGAUACCAAAACUUUAUUGUAAAUAUAAUGUGUGAUACUCACUUAUACUGAUAUUCACAGUAUAAUCUGAAGCUUAAAAAAUGUUGAAUGACAAUAGCAUUAAACAUUCAUGUGAAGAAUCCCUAAUGUGUUCAGACCUAUGUAAGAACGUAAUAGAAAUUUGAGGUAUGCUUGAUUUAUAUAUUAGAGUCCAACAUUAAUUGUGAAGAGAAAGUAUGAACACUUAAACAACUAUUGUGAUCUAUAGUAAUAUUUCCCACACUAAAUACCACCAGUAUCUUUGUAGGUUAACAUAAUUACAUAUGUACAUGUAAAUAUAUUUAUACACACCUAUAGUGAUGUGCUAGAUUAAGUUCAUACUGGCUUGGAAGUACUGCUGAUUUAAAUUUUCAGGAAUUUUGCCAGCCAGUUGUUAAACACAGUCAUUUAAAAAUUAAAUUACAUA